AUGACCCACCCAACACCGAUAAUCGUCCAAGUAGAGGGACCCUCCGAGGAAACAAAAUCCGAUCACGGAUCUCAUCUGAAAGAUCAACUGGAAUGUAUUCCAAAGCACACAAAAUAUCUCCAAGUCGAAGGUGAUACCCCCUCCGACACGGAAUGGACUAUCCUCAGAUCCCAUUUCGCCAAUAUCGAGUCGCUCUAUUUACGGGCUGGUUACAAUGAAGAUCUCAAUGACGGGGGUAUCCCUCUUCACUGGCCGUUACAGAAACUCGAGUUUAGUGAUUCGGUGAGCGAGGUUUUUCGGAGUCCGUUCGUUCUGGAGGGGCGUGUGUCGCAUUUGAGUUUGUUCUUUACUUGUGGAUUGCGUUUUGAGGGUUCAAGCAGUCAUGAACUGCAACUCGAACAUAGAGAGCGUAUUAAGCGUGGGGAAGUCGAAGGAGAUUUUAUUACGCUGCAUGAGGGUACACCUGAUGAGAGGAGGAUUGAGGUUACCUACCUCCCUUCUUUGGUAUCUGAUCAUAUCAAUAAGAUCUUCACUGAUCCGAAGCGAGGACUGAAAGAACCACCAGCUGGGCCAUUCGGUUUGCGGACGCUGGAGAUUUGGGAGAAUGAUGCUAUUGAUACUUUUAAUCGUAUGGCGUUAUCACUGCCUCAUCUUGUGGGGAAUCUGAGAACUCUCCGGAUCAGGUCGACAAGUGGUCUGGACUUUCACUAUACAAACGAACAUUUGUUCCGUGAGAUUCUUCCUCAACUAUCAGAGCUUCAAUCAUUGAGUCUCUCCGUCGGGGAUGUGUUCCAAGAUCCGAACUACCUUCCAACAAUCUACAAAAUCUUCCCGCCCAACUUGACAGAACUGUACUUCCGUGGCCCUUCUUCACUGUGCGAGUCGAACGAAUGGUCUAAUUGGGUACAGGCAUUCGAGUCGAAGGAUUUUCUUCCCAGCCUACAGAAGCUUGCGUUUGUACUUGACCUGCACUAUGGAGAGGACGCAUCAGGCCGGAAGACAGAGGGUCCGGCUCCAGCAGCGCUGCUUUAUCAAGCACGCAUAGCGUGUCAACCGAUCUACGACAUUGCCAGACGACGCGGGAUCAGUAUUGUGGAAAUGCCAGCCGAGCCGGAGCUCGAAGCUCUACUUCGUCCUGUGGAUGAGCGUUGGUAA